AUGCACCUCCCAACCCUCCUCCUCUCUCUAACCCUAACUCUCACAAUCCAAACAACUGCAACGCCACUCCCAAUCUCACUCUUCGCCCGCGAUGCAGCCCUGACAGAAUCUCAACUCAUUGCCAUCGCCCCCUCAUCCAAAUCAUGCACCGACGCCCCAGCGGAAGGGGAAUGCGCCACCGCAAAACAAGCCGCCAAAUUCACUUCCCAAUCUUUCGACACAUACAAAGUAACCUCGAAAGCUGAACAAGCGGCCGUUAUCAGUCUGAUGGCGUUUGAAAGUGGUGAUUUCAAGUACAAUAAGAAUCACUUCCCUGGCGUUGCGGGGCAGGGCACACGUAAUAUGCAAUCCCCCUCCUUCAACAAACUAUACGCCUCCUCCCUGCCCGCACUCAAAGACAAACUCCCCAGCGUCAGCAACAGUCCAGCUGAUCUCCUCGAUCUCCUGCGCAGUGACGGCGCUACGGACUUUGGUUCUGGUGCUUGGUUCCUUACUACGCAGUGCUCGAAGGAGGUGCGGAGCGCGCUUGCUGAUGGUUCCGAGACGGGGUGGCAGCGGUUUAUCUCGGAUUGUGUGGGGACUUCUGUUACCGACGAGAGGAAGGAGUACUGGGAGAGGGCUGUUAAGGCUAUUGGUGUUUAG